AUGGUAGUGGGGCGUACGAAUGGUUACUUGAAUGGAACAAUGAGGAGUCCUGCGGUUCCUGAAGUGGAUGAAUUUUGCCGUGCUCUUGGAGGGAAGAAACCAAUCCAUAGCAUUUUGCUAGCCAACAAUGGCAUGGCUGCUGUCAAAUUUAUACGCAGUGUUAGAGCUUGGGCGUAUGAGACGUUUGGCACGGAAAAGGCCAUCUUGUUGGUCGCCAUGGCUACUCCGGAAGACAUGAGAAUCAAUGCCGAGCAUAUUAGAAUGGCUGAUCAGUUUGUUGAAGUUCCUGGUGGGACAAACAAUAACAACUAUGCCAAUGUGCAGCUUAUUGUCGAGAUGGCAGAGAUAACACGGGUUGAUGCUGUUUGGCCUGGAUGGGGUCAUGCGUCUGAGAACCCUGAGCUGCCAGAUGCUCUAGAUGCCAAAGGGAUUGUAUUUCUUGGGCCCCCAGGUCCUUCCAUGUCAGCUUUAGGAGAUAAGAUUGGGUCUUCCUUGAUUGCUCAAGCAGCUGAUGUUCCUACCCUUCCAUGGAGUGGCUCCCAUGUGAAAAUGUCUCAAGAAUGCAGUAGCCUGUUUACCAUCCCGGACGAAAUCUACAGGCAAGCUUGUGUAUACACAACAGAGGAAGCCAUAUCUAGUUGUCAAGUUGUUGGUUACCCUGCAAUGAUUAAGGCAUCUUGGGGUGGCGGUGGUAAAGGGAUAAGGAAGGUCCACAAUGAUGAUGAAGUUAGGGCGUUGUUCAAGCAAGUUCAGGGUGAAGUUCCUGGGUCACCCAUUUUUAUAAUGAAAGUUGCUUCCCAGAGCCGGCAUUUAGAGGUCCAGUUGCUAUGUGAUCAAUACGGUAACGUAGCAGCUUUACAUAGUCGUGACUGCAGCGUUCAAAGAAGGCAUCAGAAGAUUAUCGAGGAAGGCCCCAUCACUAUCGCACCAUUGGUGACAGUCAAGAAGUUAGAGCAGGCAGCAAGAAGAUUGGCAAAAAGUGUCAAUUAUGUUGGUGCAGCUACAGUCGAGUAUUUAUACAGCAUGGAUACUGGAGAGUAUUACUUUUUGGAACUCAACCCUCGGCUACAGGUGGAGCACCCUGUUACCGAGUGGAUUGGUGAGAUAAAUUUGCCCGCUGCUCAGGUUGUCGUUGGAAUGGGCAUUCCUCUAUGGCAAAUACCUGAGAUCAGGCGUUUUUAUGGGGUGGAAAAUGCUGGAGGUUAUGAUGCUUGGAAAAAAAUUUCAGCUGUUGCCACACCAUUUGACUUUGAUAAGGCAGAGUCUACCAGGCCCAAAGGUCAUUGUGUAGCAGUACGAGUUACAAGUGAGGAUCCAGAUGACGGUUUUAAGCCUACUGGUGGGAAAGUACAGGAGCUUAGUUUUAAAAGCAAGCCAAAUGUAUGGGCUUACUUCUCUGUUAAGUCAGGAGGAGGCAUUCAUGAAUUUUCUGAUUCACAAUUUGGACAUGUUUUUGCAUUCGGGGAGUCCAGAGCUCUGGCUAUUGCAAACAUGGUACUAGGUCUGAAAGAAAUCCAAAUUAGGGGAGAAAUUCGCACCAACGUUGAUUACACUGUCGAUCUUCUACAUGCUUCAGAUUACAGAGACAACAAAAUUCAUACCGGUUGGUUGGACAGUAGAAUUGCGAUGCGGGUUAGGGCUGAAAGGCCCCCUUGGUAUCUAUCUGUUGUCGGGGGUGCUCUAUAUAAAGCAUCCGCUAGCAGUGCAGCUAUGGUUUCAGAUUAUGUUGGUUAUCUUGAAAAGGGGCAAAUUCCUCCCAAGCACAUAUCACUUGUGAACUCUCAAGUGUCAUUGAACAUUGAAGGAAGCAAAUACACGAUUGACAUGGUUAGAGGGGGCCCAGGAAGUUACAGAUUGAGGAUGAAUGGUUCAGAGAUUGAAGCAGAGAUUCAUACUCUACGUGAUGGAGGGUUAUUGAUGCAGCUGGAUGGGAACAGUCAUGUGAUAUAUGCUGAAGAAGAGGCUGCUGGAACUCGCCUGCUCAUUGAUGGGAGAACUUGCUUAUUGCAGAAUGAUCAUGAUCCUUCAAAAUUAAUUGCAGAGACUCCAUGCAAGCUGAUGAGAUAUUUGGUUUCAGAUGGUAGUCAUGUUGAUGCCGAUAGUCCAUAUGCAGAGGUCGAAGUUAUGAAGAUGUGUAUGCCUCUUCUGUCACCUGCUUCUGGACUUGUUCACUUUAAGAUGUCCGAAGGUCAAGCAAUGCAGGCUGGCGAGCUUAUAGCAAGUCUCGAUCUUGAUGAUCCGUCAGCAGUCCGAAAGGCUGAGCCUUUUCAUGGGAGCUUCCCUAUAUUGGGACCUCCUACUGCAAUUUCUGGCAAAGUUCAUCAGAGGUGCGCUGCUAGCGUAAAUGCUGCUCGCAUGAUUCUUGCUGGAUAUGAUCAUAAUAUUGAUGAUGUAGUGCAGAAAUUGCUCAAUUCACUUGAUAGUCCUGAAUUACCUUUUCUUCAAUGGCAAGAAUGCUUUGCUGUUCUGGCAAAUCGAUUACCUAAGGGGCUUAGAAUUGAGUUGGAAUCUAGAUAUAAGGAGUUUGAAGAGAUAUCUAGGUCCCAGACUGUAGAUUUUCCAGCAAAACCACUGAGGAGUGUUCUUGAAGCCCAUUUGUCAUCUUGUCCUGAAAAGGAGCAAGGAGCACAGGAAAGGAUAGUGGAACCUUUGAUGAGUCUUGUCAAGUCCUAUGAAGGUGGCAGAGAAAGUCAUGCCCGUCUUAUUGUUCAAACACUUUUCGAAGAAUAUUUGUCUGUUGAAGAAUUAUUUAGUGAUAACAUCCAGGCUGAUGUGAUUGAGCGCCUUCGACUCCAAUAUAAGAAAGAUCUUUUGAAGAUUGUGGAUAUUGUAUUGUCCCACCAGGGUGUGAAGAGUAAGAACAAACUGAUACUAAGGCUUAUGGAGCAACUGGUUUAUCCUAACCCUGCUGCAUAUAGGGACAAACUGAUCCGGUUCUCUCAACUGAACCAUACAAGUUACUCUGAGUUAGCCUUGAAGGCAAGUCAACUCUUGGAACAAACCAAACUCAGCGAGCUUCGUUCUACUAUUGCUAGAACCCUAUCUGAGUUGGAGAUGUUUACUGAAGAUGGCGAAAACAUGGACACUCCAAAGAGAAAAUCUGCCAUUAAUGAACGAAUGGAGGAUCUUGUAAGUGCACCUUUAGCUGUUGAAGAUGCACUUGUUGGCCUGUUUGAUCACAGUGAUCAUACACUUCAAAGGCGGGUUGUGGAAACCUAUGUUCGUAGGCUCUACCAGCCUUAUCUUGUUAAGUCAAGUGUCAGAAUGCAGUGGGAUAGAUCUGGCCUCAUUGCAUCAUGGGAAUUCGUGGAAGAACAUAUUGAGAGGAAAGAUGGCUCUGAAGACCAAGUGCAACUUGAUAAACUAGUCAUCGAGAAACAUUCUGACCGGAAAUGGGGAGCCAUGGUUAUCAUAAAAUCUCUUCAACUUUUGUCUGCGACUGUAACUGCUGCAUUAAGGGAAAGAACUACGAAGAACCCUGGUGGAGCAGCUUCAAAUGAAUAUGGUGAAUCAGCUGCUGGCUUUGGCAAUAUGAUGCACAUUGGGCUGGUAGGAAUAAACAAUCAGAUGAGUCUACUUCAGGAUAGUGGUGAUGAAGACCAGGCUCAAGAGCGGAUCAAAAAGUUAGCCAAGAUACUUAAAGAGGGAGAAGUAGGAACAAGUUUGCGGUCUGCAGGUGUUGGAGUUAUCAGUUGCAUCAUACAGAGGGAUGAAGGGCGACCACCUAUGAGGCACUCCUUUCACUGGUCAACUGAAAAGCAGUAUUUUGCCGAAGAACCUUUAUUGAGACACCUAGAACCUCCACUUUCAAUCUACCUUGAGCUGGACAAGCUCAAAGGCUACGAGAACAUACAAUAUACCCCAUCAAGGGACAGACAAUGGCAUUUAUACACAGUCAUUGACAAGCCAGGGCCUAUCAAGAGGAUGUUUCUUAGAUCACUUGUAAGGCAACCAAGUUCCACAGAUGGGUUUACUGCUCAUCAGGGAUUGGGGAUGGAGGCAGUCCGCACCCAAACAGCCUUGUCUUUUACUUCAAGAAGCAUUUUGGGGUCUUUAGUGGCUGCAAUGGAAGAAUUGGAGCUUAAUGUGCAUAAUGCUACCAUUAAAUCUGAGCAUGCUCACAUGUACCUCUGUAUCUUACGCGAGCAAAAUAUAGAAGAUCUUCUGCCUUAUCCUAAAAGAGUGGAUGAUAGUGCUGGACAAGAAGAAGCUGUUGUCGAGAUGGUAUUGGAAGAAUUAGCAAGGCAAAUCCAUGGACUUGCUGGUGUGAGAAUGCACAGGUUAGGUGUUUGUGAGUGGGAAGUGAAGCUUUGGAUUGGAGCAUAUGGAGAAGCAAAUGGUGCUUGGAGGGUCCUUGUUACCAAUGUGACUGGCCAUACAUGUACUGUUCAUAUUUACAGGGAACUAGAAGAUACCUCCAAGCACAAAGUUGUAUACCAUUCAGUCUCUGCACAACAGGGUCGCCUCCAUGGAUUACCUGUGAGUGGAUAUUACCAGCCAUUGGAUGCUCUUGACAGAAAGCGUCUAGUGGCAAGAAGAAGCAAUACCACUUACUGCUAUGACUUCCCACUGGCAUUUGAGACAGCUCUUGAACAAAUAUGGUCAUCUCAGUUCCCUGGAUAUGCAGUGCCAAAGGCUAAAGGGAGUCUUCUCAAAGCAAGCGAGCUUGUAUUUUCUGACAAAAAGGGUCUCUGGGGCACUCCUCUAGUUUCCACUCAGCGCCCGCCUGGGCUUAACGAUGUUGGGAUGGUGGCAUGGAGCAUGGAAAUGUCUACCCCUGAAUUUCCUUCUGGAAGGACUAUCAUCCUCGUGGCCAAUGACGUGACCUUCAAAGCUGGAUCCUUCGGCCCAAAAGAGGAUUCAUUUUUCGCUGCAGUUACCGACCUUGCUUGCUCCAAGAAACUGCCGCUGAUUUACUUGGCCGCAAAUUCUGGCGCUCGUAUUGGCGCGGCUGAGGAAGUCAAAUCCUGCUUCAAAGUUGGGUGGUCGGAUGAAACUUCUCCGGAUCGUGGGUUUCAGUAUGUGUACCUUACUCCAGAGGAUUAUAGCCGGAUUGGUUCGUCCGUUAUAGCACAUGAGGUGAAGCUGGAAAAGACUGGCUCAACCAGGUGGGUCAUAGAUGCCAUUGUAGGGAAAGAAGAUGGUCUGGGAGUCGAGAAUUUAUCGGGUAGCGGAGCAAUCGCAAGUGCAUACUCGAGGGCAUAUCGCGAAACCUUCACUUUAACUUAUGUCACCGGAAGAACUGUUGGUAUUGGUGCUUACCUCGCUCGCCUGGGGAUGCGCUGCAUACAGAGGCUCGACCAGCCAAUCAUUCUGACCGGUUUCUCGGCACUUAACAAACUUCUGGGUCGUGAGGUUUACAGCUCACACAUGCAACUCGGUGGCCCUAAAGUCAUGGCAACAAAUGGUGUGGUGCAUCUUACAGUCUCUGAUGAUCUCGAAGGCGUAAAUGCCAUCUUGAAAUGGCUGAGCUGCAUACCUCCUUAUAGGGGUGGCCCACUCCCCAUCUUGAAUAACCCUCUGGACCCUCCAGAGAGACACGUGGAGUACUUCCCUGAAAAUUCAUGCGAUCCUCGUGCUGCCAUUGCUGGUGCAUUGAAUGGCAGAGGAAAAUGGGUGGGGGGUAUUUUCGACAAGGAUAGCUUUGUCGAGACACUCGAAGGCUGGGCUAGAACAGUAGUAACGGGCAGGGCAAAGCUGGGAGGAAUCCCUGUAGGGAUAGUGGCAGUAGAGACACAAACUGUAAUGCAAGUGAUUCCAGCUGACCCUGGGCAGCUCGAUUCUCAUGAGAGGGUUGUUCCCCAAGCUGGGCAAGUAUGGUUUCCUGACUCUGCUACGAAAACAGCUCAAGCUAUACUGGAUUUCAAUCAAGAGGAGCUCCCGCUUUUCAUUCUGGCCAACUGGAGGGGAUUUUCCGGUGGGCAGAGGGAUCUGUUUGAAGGAAUCUUGCAGGCGGGUUCUAAUAUUGUUGAAAAUCUGCGGACUUACAAACAGCCUGUUUUUGUUUAUAUACCGAUGAUGGGGGAGCUUCGAGGUGGAGCGUGGGUGGUUGUAGAUAGUCAGAUUAACUCUGACCAUAUUGAGAUGUAUGCUGAUCGGACGGCUAAAGGCAAUGUUCUUGAGCCAGAAGGGAUGAUAGAGAUCAAGUUCAGGAACAAAGAGCUGCUCGAGUGCAUGAGCAGGCUAGACGGAGAGUUGAUCACGCUGAAGGAGAAGCUUCAGGAGGCUAAGGAUGGUGGAGGAUAUGGGAUGGUCGAAUCUCUUCAGGAGAAGAUAAAGGACCGCGAGAAACAGCUUCUGCCUGUUUAUACUCAGUUAGCGACGAAAUUCGCUGAGCUUCAUGAUAGCUCACUGAGGAUGGCUGCAAAGGGAGUGAUUAGAGAAGUGGUGGAGUGGGGUUGGUCUAGAUCUUAUUUCUACAAAAGGUUGAGGAGGAGAAUUGCAGAAGGUUCUCUGAUUAAGAUGGUGAGAGAAGCUGCUGGCGGCGAGCAGCAAGUUUCUUUUAAGUCUGGUAUGGAGAUGAUCAUGGAAUGGUUUUUGGAAUCUGAUCAUGCGGGGAGAGGGAGAGGAGAAGAUAGGUGGUCGGACGAUGAAGGUUUCUUCGCAUGGAAAGAUGAUGCAACGAAUUAUGAGGGGAAGCUAGAUGAGUUGCGGGUUCAGAAAGUGUUGGCACAGUUGGGAAAUAUCAGUGGGUCUACAUCAGAUUUGAGAGCUCUUCCUCAAGGUCUUGCUGCCCUUCUAAGCAAGGUGGAGCCUUCAAGCAGAGGGAAAUUGGUUGAUGAACUGAGGAAGGUUCUGAACUGA